CGCUUAAUUGACCAAACGCUAAAACCCGUACAGCAUGGCAGCUGCUAUUCACUGCCUUUGUCUUGAGGCAUCCCCUUAUUUCCUGCCCUGCUGUCCAUCCUCUCUUCUAAAGAGUUCCAAACUCAGAAUACAAUUUUCGUCAAAUCAACGCCACAGCUCUUAUAUUCGGACUUCGCAAAGUGUAUGGCGUCAUGACUCUUGCUCAACCAAUACACAUCAUCGGCGCCGGCAUAGGUGGUUUAACACUUGCUCGUUGCUUCAAACAUCGCGGCGUCCAGUCUAUAAUCUUUGAUAAGAGCCCUUCGCCCGCUCUUCACAACUACGGAGUCUCGCUGCAGCCAUGGGCUACAAAGCUUCUCAUCAAUGUGCUCAAUGUAGAUGAGUCAAGUUUCGCACGCCGAGUCGCUGUUGAUGGCUUAAGGGGAGGUACAGGAAAGGUCUACCCCAGUCUAGUGUCUGGUUUGGGAAGUGGAAAGGGACAUGCUGAGCUACUGAGAGCGCAUCAAGGCAGACUGGAGGAAGUGCUGAGGGAGGAGUUGGACAUCAAGUGGGGUCAUGCAUUGGAGGGUGUCGAAGCGAACGGAACAGGUCAUACAUUAACUUUCAAAGACAAAGAGAAAGUUCAUUGUGACAUCGUAGUCGAUGCAUCGGGUGUCCAUUCCCAAAUCCGGAAGUCACUUCUGCCUCAUGUGCAACUCAAUGUCCUUCCAUACGUGGUAUUUCGAGGGAGUCGCCGUGUCGAGAGAGCUGCGUUUAAAGAGACAUACGAGAGUUACUUCAAGGAUGGGAACAUAAUAGAGACGAAGCAAGACGAGACACUAUUGCAAAUUGCUAUCAACGACUACCAGCAAAUUUCGGGCGCAGUAGAUAUAAGCUAUAUCUAUUCACGGCCUUCCCACACAAAGUCCGAAGAUCCUCUCCACCAGCCAGAUCGCUUGCCCAUCCAAGCAUCUGAUAUUUCAGAAGAGUUCUUUGCCGAAAUCUCGAGAUUACAAGACCUAGAGCAGCCCUUUAAAGAUGCUUUCGAUGAGGGGAAUGUGAGGAAGGGGAGAACGCUGCAUUGGCUGAUGAGGGAUGUGCUUGUGAAAAGAGAGGAGUUGGAGAGACUCGCGAACCAGGGGAGAGGUGUGUUGUUGAUUGGGGAUGCGGCGCAUGCUUUACCUGUGCUUGGGGGAGAGGGGGCGUGUUUUGCAAUUAGAGAUGCGGUUGAAUUGGCCGGGUUUGUUGGGGAGGGCUUAGGAGAGCCUGGUGAGGCUGUUGUGGAUGCAGAGGGUUUUUACGGCAGCAUUUAUACGGAUUGGGAGGAUGCAGUACGUAUAGGUGAGCAGAGAUUGAGAGAGAUGCAUCUUGAAAGACGGUCAAGUUUGUGAUUCUAUGACUUCUGCAGGAGGUAUGAAGUAUACGUACUUGAUUAGGUUGACGAUUCUUCGUAUCCGGAAUGCUUGUCAGUCGAACAAUCUUGCUUAUUGUUUCUAACUUGACUCUUGUCGUUCUUUGCUACCCUCCACACGCCAAUUAUAGCUUGUUUGAUAACCGUCUAAUGGCUGCAUUUCUCAUUCCAUUACUGUUAGAGGUCUUAAAUUAUUAGCAUCUCCAGUGCGGUUGCUCACUCAUAUUACCAAAUGAAAUGUUGUAAUCAUGAUG